GCCGGACCAAAAGCGGAAGAGGGGUGGCCAAGUGACGUAGGGGAUGUUUUGCUAACGGGUAGCUUACAGCUACUGUAUGCUAACUUUGUGUUAUAGUUGGCUUCUUGUUCUAAUCUUUCCAAAGUUACCACAUACAGUCCGGCUUUUUUGGAAAAUUUGACAUACAUGUGAAUUUUCAACGUUUUAAAACAUACCGAGACAUGAACGGGAGUACGAAUCCGCUGUUGGACAAAGAGGAGCAUGUUUUGAAGCUCGGAGAAAGCUUUGAGAAGAGGCCAAAAUCUUCCUUUCACACUAUCAGAUAUGACUUCAAACCAGCGUCUAUCGACACGAGCUGCGAGGGAGAGCUACAAGUUGGGAAAGGAGAUGAAGUUACUAUCACGUUACCUCACAUUCCGGGCUCCACGCCUCCCAUGACGGUAUUCAAAGGAAACAAGCGGCCGUACCAGAAGGACUGCGUGCUCAUCAUUAACCACGACACCGGGGACUUUGUCCUGGAGAAGCUGAGCAGCAGCAUCCAAGUCAAGAAAACCAGGGCGGAGGGCAGCAGUAAGAUCCAGGCACGGAUCGAGCAGCAGUCGGUUCGGUCCAGCCAGCCCAGCUCUCAGUUCCGGGCCCCCACCAAGCCCGGGGCCGGGGUCAAAACCUCCCCUUCUCCUUCCAAGGAUAAUCCCUCCCCGGAGCCUCAGCUCGAUGACAUCAAGAGAGAGCUGCGAGCCGAGGUGGAGGUGAUUGAGCAGAUGAGCAGCAGCGGCAGCAGCAGCUCCUCGGACUCAGCCAGCGCCUCAGGGAGCGGCGACGACAGCAGCAGUGACGGCGAGCACGACGCCCCCCGACCGCUCAGCCAGACCUCGCCCAACCGCCCCCCAGUGGCCAACGGGGGAGCCGAGCGGCAGCAGGGCAACAACCAGCUCAUGAACACACUCCGAAACGACCUACAGCUUAGCGAGUCGGGCAGCGACAGUGAUGAUGACUGAACUCUCCGCUGGUCAGUCUCUCUCUCUCUCUCUCUCUCUCUCUCUCUCUCUCUCUCUCUCUCUCUCUCUCUCUCUCU